AGGCUGCAAAAUCAAAGCCCUGCGCGCCAAGACAAACACGUACAUCAAGACGCCGGUGAGGGGCGAGGAGCCCAUCUUCAUCGUCACCGGGAGGAAGGAGGACGUGGAAAUGGCCAAGAGGGAGAUCCUCUCGGCCGCUGAGCACUUCUCCAUGAUCCGGGCGACGCGCAACAAAGUGAACGGGCUGACGGGUGCCCUGCAGGGUCCCCCCAACCUGCCGGGCCAGACCACCAUCCAGGUGAGGGUCCCGUACCGCGUGGUGGGGCUGGUGGUGGGCCCCAAGGGAGCCACCAUCAAGCGCAUCCAGCAGCAGACGCACACCUACAUCGUGACGCCCAGCCGCGACAAGGAGCCCGUCUUCGAGGUGACGGGCAUGCCCGAGAACGUGGACCGGGCCCGCGAGGAGAUCGAGGCCCACAUCACCAUGCGGACAGGCUCCUUCGUCGACGUCAACGCCGACAACGACUUCCACACCAACGGCACCGACGUCUGCUUGGACCUGCAGGGCGGUUCUGCCGGUCUGUGGGCCAAAGCCCCGCACCCGGCCCGGCGGCCCGCGGCCGCGCUGCGCAACGACAGCCUCAGCUCCCUGGGCAGCGCCUCCACCGAGUCCUUCUACAGCGGCCGGGUGGCGGACAACAGCCCCACCAGCCCCUACAGCAGCGGCGGCGGAUUCACCUUCAGCGAUGGGCCGGCCCCGCUGGGCUCGGAGGAGUGCGACUUCGGUUUCGACUUCUUGGCCUUGGACCUGACGACGCCGAGCGCCGCCGCCGCCAUCUGGUCGCCCUUCGAGCGCGCCGCCAACCCCCUGCAAGCCUUCGGCGGCUCGCAGAGACGCAACAGCGGCACGGCCACGCCGCGCCAUUCGCCCACCUUGCCCGAGAGCUCCGGCGGGGCCUUGGAGCACCCCUUGGCGCGCCGCAUCCAGAGCAACCCCGUCAGCACCUUGUCCUGGCUGCCCACCCAGGGCUCGCUCUCUUCCUUCUCCACCAGCACGGGCUACUCGUCCUCCUCGUCGCUGCCCGGCAGCGUCUCGGCCGCCUCGGGUUCGCCCACCGACUCCAGCAGCUCCGACGGGCAUCGCAAGAGCUCCCGCGAGUGCAUGGUGUGCUUCGAGAGCGAGGUGAUCGCCGCCCUGGUGCCCUGCGGCCACAACCUCUUCUGCAUGGAGUGUGCCAUGCGCAUCUGCGGCAAGGCCGAGCCCGAGUGCCCCGCGUGCCACACACCGGCCACCCAAGCCAUCCACAUCUUCUCCUAGCCGGGGCCGGCUCGAACGCGGCGACCAGCCCCGCUCCCCUCCCUUCCGACACAACUUUUUAAGGACUUGAAGCGGUUGAGGUCAAUGCGGCCGUUGGGGUCAACCCUUUUUAUUUAAAGGAUCGGACUGGGGGUGCAGGGGUGGGGAUGGAGAUGCUAUUUCUCCCGCUGGAUGGAAGCCGGAGGGCAGGAUCACGGGGAGGGAGGGGGCAGAGUAAAAGGGGUUGGGAGGGAUGGGGAGGAAGGGGCAGACGAAGACGACGAGGAAGAGACGCAGAACCGCAGAGAGGAGCAGAACCCAAUGUUUACAGAAUAGCUUUAACUCUUAGCCCGGCUGUGGCGGCUGGGGAGAGGAAGCCCAGCUGUUCUUCAACAGUCCUUUCCAAAUAACAGUAUUCAGUUUGCAAAGUUAAAUAAACAGAAAGAAAAGGUCCGGUUGCACUUUUUAUUUUAGGACACGCAAGGGUUGUCUUUUAUUUUUUUAAAAGCAUUCUAUUAUUAUUAUAAUUUUUUUUUUUUCGUUGUCGUUCUUUUUGUAUGUAGUUAUUUUUUUUUUGGAUGAUUCUUGACGGUUCUAUAAAUAUAUAUAUAUAUAUAUUAUUUUUUUUUGUAACACAGGUCUUAUCUUCUAUUUUGCCAAUGUGAAAACUGCCCAAAAAAAAGCAUUACGAGGGGCUGGGGGGCCGGAGGGGGGCACGGUGAACACGGCACGUCGCAAAAAAAAAAAA